CAAGCUCGGUGGGCCCGCAAAGUAAACAGCCAUGUGCAUUCCUGCUCUAUAUUUAACAGCUGCCGUCGCUCGGGCAGGCUCCUGACUCGGGAGGGAGGCGGGGUGGGGGCUGCCCAGGGGAUCUGGGAUCCGGGGAGGAGGGGAUCUGGAGAUCCUUUGGAAGUUGCAAUUUGGGGGAAAAGAAUCCAGCUGCUUCUUGAUCCGGAUUGAGAGACAGAGACAGGGAAGGCGCGUUCACACCAAGACUGCUCGUAAGUGGAUUUUUUCUCCCCAUUUACCAUAGUCAAAUCUAACAGCCAGUUGCAUUAAACCGGAUUGUGGAGUGCGUGUGAACGCGGAGAGUGUGCAGCCACCCACCAUGCCGGCGGCCUCCCAAAGCCGGGCCCGAGCCCGCGACAGGAACAACGUCUUGAACCGCGCCGAGUUCAUGUCGCUCAACCAGCCCUUGAAAGGCACCCCCGACCCCAAGGGCCGAAGGCAGAACAGCCAGGCCGGCUCGGCUCCUGCCGCCCCCAGCGAGGGCUCCAAGGAGCGGCGGCAAUCCCAGCAGCUGCCCGAGGAAGACUGCAUGCAGCUCAACCCCUCUUUCAAGGGGAUCGCCUUCAACUCCCUGCUGGCCAUCGACAUCUCCCUCUCCAAGCGGCUGGGCGUCUGCGCCAGCAACGCCUCGGCCUGGGGCAACGCCCGCUCCAUGAUCAGCCUCAUCGGCUUAACGGGCCACGGGAUCCCCUGGAUCGGGGGCACCCUCGUCUGCUUGGUCAAGAGCAGCACCCUGGCCGGCCAAGAGGUCCUCAUGAACCUGCUGCUGGCCCUGUUUCUGGACAUCCUCAUUGUCGCUGGUUUACAGAAACUGACUAAGCGGAAAGGGCCGUACGACGUCAGCCCAGGCCUGUUGGACUACUUGACCAUGGACAUCUAUGCUUUUCCUGCUGGACACGCCAGUCGAGCCACCAUGGUGUCGAAGUUCUUUCUCAACCACCUGGUCUUAGCCGUCCCGCUUCGGAUCUUGCUCGUUCUCUGGGCCUUUUUGGUGGGACUUUCUCGGAUCAUGGUCGGACGGCAUCACGUCACCGACGUCCUCUCCGGUUUCGUCUUCGGCUACUUGCAGUUCCGGCUGGUGGAGCUGAUCUGGAUGUCCUCCAACACUUGCCAGAUGUUGAUCUCCAUGUGGUGAACGCCGACCGCCACCAUCCUGCGCACUUAUUUUGUACACCGAGGGAAACGAAAAAGAUGCUUUUCCAAGUGCAGGGUUUGAAAAAUGGGGAUGGUGCAGAAAUCCUUUAGGUCUUAGUUGGAAUCCAGGAAGCCUGCUUCCGUGGUGACGGUGAUCUAGUUGCAUCUAGUGAAAUGUCUUUUGGUACCUUCCCGGGCUUGAGCAGCCGACCCCCAUAGUGGGGUUUUUGCCCACGUUUUCUUGACUCCUGAUUGGGUGGCAAAUUUAUUUGGCCGUAGAGAGAAAACAAAGAUGUUGCAGUUUGUGCAUUUGUUUAAGACGGGACCGCUCCACAGCCCUUUUUAUUUCAUGUGGUCAUGCGUUCAGCUUGCUUUUGUGAGAGACGGAAAUCUGGAGGUGAACUGUAGGCCUGCUGGGUGCCCACGCAGAAAGCCGCAUCGUAUCUUUCAAGGCCCGCCCACCCUUGAAACGGGAUAUGGGUACCUGCAGCGUCUUCUUCCCGUUCCUCUUCUCCUGCUUGCUGUAACAAGGGCAAUCCUAGAUGUGCUGCCCAGCAAGCAAAGGAGGGAUGGACCACCAGCCUGAGGUCGGAACACCUGGGGGAAGCCGUGGCUGCCUCCAUUUCCCAUCGUAUUGGGGAACUUAAAGGUGCAGUGCAGACGGCUGAAUUACCAUCUGGCCGCGCACUGACCUACGGCAAGGGCGGGAUUUUAUCUGAGUUUUAUGUGUCCGUGGUCUCUUGUACAAGACAGGUACAUAGCCAAACUUUAAGAAGAAUAAAGGAUAUACCAACCUGG